AUGGCGCACCCCGACCCGUGCACCGCCGUCGCGCGCGCCGCGCUCAUCCCCGACGUCCUCCCGCCGACCUUCCAGUCGUCCGUGCUGCUCACGAUCUCCUACCCGAACGGCCAGGAGGUCCUCCUCGGGAACACCCUCACGGCCGAGGCCGCGCGCGAGGAGCCCGAGAUCGUCUUCAUGCCGCUGAGCCUCUCGCCGGAGCAGGCGGACGUCCCCGCGCCCGUCGACGCAGACGGCCAGGGCACGGAUGCGCCGGUGGGGGAGGUCGCGUACACGCUCGCGAUGGUCGACCCGGACGCGCCGGGCAGAGACGACCCGAGGUUCAGGUGCUUCAGACAUUGGCUGAUCACAGGCUUGAAGGCGCCCCCGCGCACUGCGAGCCGCACCGCAAGCCCGUAUGCGCUCAAGACCGAGCCCGCAACGACGCCAUACCGGCCCCCGGGGCCGCGUCCAGCUAGCGGGCUGCACCGAUACACGUUCUUGCUAUGGCAGGAACCCUCGACCACGGAGACGUUGCGCUUACCGGCCGACGCACCAGAGUACGGCGCAGCACUGGAGGAGAGGCGCAGCUGGGACCCUGUGGCAUUCGGGGAGAAGUAUGGACUGAAGCUUGUGGGCGCGACGUACUUCUUGCUGCAAGCGCCACCAGCUGAGGAUGAUUGA